UAAUCGAAUAAACGGUUUGCGACGGUGUUGAAAUGGGACAUUCCUCCUAUAAAUAAUCGUCUGUCAAGCAGAAACAGGAUUUAAGUUUACCUUUUCAGUUGACGUGUCAACCGGAUUGUCACGUUUAUUCAAGCACCCACACUGAACAACGAAGAUGUCUGAACAAAAGGGAGAUCUUGCACUGAUUGGGCUUGCAGUUAUGGGUCAGAAUCUGAUCCUGAACAUGAAUGACCAUGGAUUCACAGUGGUGGCGUUCAACCGGACGGUGUCCAAGGUGGAGGAGUUCCUUAGCAAUGAGGCCAAGGGCACAAAGGUCAUAGGGGCCAAGUCAAUGGAGGACAUGGUGGCCCACUUGAAGAAACCCCGCCGUGUGAUGCUGCUGGUGAAGGCUGGACAGGCUGUGGACGAUUUCAUCAAUAAGCUGGUACCACUUCUGGAGAAAGGGGACAUAAUCAUAGAUGGAGGAAACUCAGAGUAUACUGACACAAACCGACGCUGUAAGGAGCUACAUGCAAAGGGUCUCCUGUAUGUGGGAAGUGGGGUCAGUGGCGGGGAAGAUGGGGCCAGGUAUGGCCCCUCUCUCAUGCCUGGGGGAUCAGAGGCUGCCUGGCCACACAUCAAAAACAUCUUCCAGUCCAUUGCAGCAAAGUCAGACAAUGAACCAUGCUGUGAUUGGGUGGGUCCCGAGGGUGCUGGUCACUUUGUGAAGAUGGUACACAACGGCAUUGAAUAUGGAGAUAUGCAGCUGAUCUGUGAGUCUUACCACGUCAUGAAGGAUGUGCUUGGAAUGAACCAGGAGGAAAUGGCACAGGUAUUUGAUGACUGGAACAAAUCUGAGCUAGAUUCCUUCCUGAUUGAGAUCACAAGAGACAUCUUGAAGUUCAAGGAUGCCAACGGGAAGUACCUCCUAGAGCAGAUCCGGGACACAGCUGGACAAAAGGGAACCGGAAAAUGGACUGCUAUUGCCUCCCUUGAAUACGGGGUACCGGUCACUCUUAUCGGUGAGGCAGUGUUUUCCAGAUGUCUGUCAGCUCUCCAGUCGGAACGUGUUCACGCCAGCACUCAACUUAAAGGUCCAGAUGCCCCCAAGUUUUCAGGCGAUCGUAAAGCCUUCAUUGACAACAUUAAACAAGCCCUGUAUGCGUCUAAGAUUGUCUCAUACGCCCAGGGGUUUAUGCUGAUGCGGGAGACCGCCAAGGAACUCGGCUGGAAACUCAACUUUGGAGGCGUAGCCCUCAUGUGGAGAGGAGGAUGCAUUAUCAGAAGCCGUUUCCUUGGCAACAUAAAGCAUGCAUUUGACAAGCAUCCAGAUCUGAGUAAUCUGUUGCUGGAUGAUUUCUUUAAAACUGAAAUCCAACGAUGUCAGGCUGCUUGGAGGAAUGUAGUCUCCACUGCAGUGUUACAUGGUAUCCCCACCCCUGCCUUCAGUACAGCCCUGGCCUUCUAUGACGGUUACAGGUCUGCCCGUCUGCCUGCUAACCUCCUACAGGCUCAGAGAGACUACUUUGGUGCCCACACAUACGAGCUGCUGGAUAAGCCAGGCACCUUCAUCCACACCAACUGGACCGGUCACGGCGGCAAUGUAUCCUCUACUACGUACUCUGCGUAGACCUGCUAAUUGUAGAUGCAUCAUUUCUGUAUUUUAGAAGAUUUCUGUAUGUUAGUAAAAUAUGACUGCCUUUUGGAGAAAGACCAUCGUUUUCUACUCAGAGAAAAAAAUCAAAUUAUUGGGAGACCUUUUUUUCCUACACAGUAUGAAUGUCUCUUCCAUGACUUACUCUGCAUAGACCCUUCGUUCUUGCUUCGUGAUGAAAAGACCAUCCUUCCUGUUUAGUGGCAGAAAAUAUUUGCGUUUUAGAGACCACCAUUAAUGUUCAGAGGCAUAAAAUAUUAUCUUUUGGAGAAAGGCUAUCAUUUUUGUAUAGAAGUAAAAAAUAGUCGCCUUUUGAAGAAAGAACAUCAUUUUUGCUUGGAAAAAAAAUACUUUGGGGGAAAACCUUAUUUUGCCUAUCAAAUUACUGCACUUGGGAAGGGG